UACGCACAAUCCCCGCGUCCUUCAGAGGCGGAGUCUUUUGCCGACCUCCAACAUCUUAGUGUUCGUCACUCGUGGAGGAGCUGUCGAGGGUGUCAUCAUGUUCCGACUGGAAGGUCUUGGGCCAAAAGCUGAUCCAGAAGAGAUGCGAGCCAAGAUGCGGCGAGAUGUCAUCAGCUCAGUGAGGAACUUCCUUAUCUAUGUGGCUGUACUGAGAAUAACUCCUUUUGUCUUGAAGAAACUUGACAGUAUAUGAAGAGAUUACCAUUCCUGGCAGCUGUUACCUCCACUUCACAUGAGAACUGAGCCAGUUUCAUCUUUUAAACUAUGAACUGAGCAAGCUUAACAGAGCUGAGCUGUCAUCACUGUGUUUCGAGAAAUCGCUUUUCUGUCGUGCAUGAAAAUGUCACCGGUCUAGACAUCACAUCAGAAUGAAUGAGUGAUUAUUAGUUCUAGUCCCAUUGCUCCAUUUAUUUUAUAUGUAUAUUUAGCAGACGGACACAUGCAGAGGCCUUACUAGGACUUUUCUUCCCUCAAAAUAAAUGUUUUCUUUAA